CUGCAGUCCGUUCGCCGCAGGCCAGAAGGUCGGUGGUUGGGAUUAGUACGUCAUCAGCGUCAUCACGUCAUCAGCGAAAAGUCGGUGGUGCUCAGGAUCCAGACUCCAAAGUCUAGUGGUGGGGAAGAAAGUUUCUAUGGGGAAGUUUCAGCCUCUAUCGCUCGUUCAUCUCCCGCCUCGGCACAGUUGUUCUGCGUAGGCCUUCGAGCCUCAAGGGCUACCAAAUCGAAGGACCCAUCUCUCAGAGAACACCAAAACAUCUAUCCAUUUUUGCAAAAAAUUCUUUAAAAGUUUUAGAAAUUUUAAAAAUAAUUUCACUAAGAUCGGUCAAAAGUACUGAAACACUUUUUUAGUUAUUUUAACUCACGGUCGAUUGUUUUUAAUGUUUUUUUGCCAAGAGGGAAUUGUUAAAAUGAGUCAUUGGGCAGUUCUUUUGGUAGUCGUGAUUUUUGGAGACUUCAUCGGAGAUGUUUUUGCUGGAAGUUGCAAAGAAGCAAAACUUUGUUGCACUGGAAGAGACUCGGCGUGUGUGGUGCAGAAGACAUCACCAAAUGCUAUUAUACAAACUUUGUCUGACAAACCGUGCUAUUGUGACCACGCAUGUCUCAAAUUGGGUGACUGCUGUCUGGACUUCAAGGAAGCUUGCGGAGUUUUGGAUUGCGUGGUCUCUGGUUGGGGUCCGUGGUCCACUUGUGAUAGCGAAUGUGGUCCCGGUAGCCAAUCCAGGUCGAGGAUGGUGGUGAGAAAUGCGGAAAAUGGAGGAAAACACUGUCCACAGCUAAUGCAGCACCGUGGCUGCCAGGGAAUUAAGUGUCAUACACGUAAUCCCAAGUUUGCCUUGAAAGAAGUUGCUCUACUUCUGCCAGCUGAAUUGAGCGGCGUACGACUGAUCAAUGAUAGCAAUGAUAUCCGAACAAAUCUUCGACUUCAGUACAGAGAGAGUCCAGAGUACGACGCUUCUAAAGAAUAUUGUGUGACAUUCACGGUGACAAAGGCCUCGAAAGCAUGUUACAAUGAGCCAAGUCUCUCGCAAUUUGCGGAAGGUUCGCGGGUUUGUGUACGCUGUCAAACGCAGGCUUUAAGACGUGUUCUUGAUUGGAGAUGUGAGGGUGACGGUGGAACCGAGGCGAUGAUCACCAGGUGGAGUAUGCUAUCCUCUCCUCACUGUCAUGGCAAGUGGUUGCGAACCGAGAAGACUGGUCCAGAAUGCGAAACCUCCAUUUGCAAACCUCAGGCUCAUUUUAUUUUUGUUUAAUAUUUCAUCAAUGUUUAUUUAAAAAAUCCGUUUUUAAGCAUCGAAUAAUGUUCUGAAAAUGAAAAUUGCUUUCCAGACUUGAGCAAGAAAUUCUAAUUUCGACAAUUUUCUCAAGCAAACUUCCUGAAAACAGUUGAAAAGCAGAAAUAAAUUUCAGGAAUACAUAAUGUUAAGUAAUUUCAGUUCAUAAUGCAUUAUUAAUUGACAAAAGAUUUGUUACUAUAAUAAUUUUUGCACCUAAAUCACUUUUUAAAAAGGUUUAUUGGUGGAAAUGUGUAAUAUACAAAUAGGUCUAACAAGUAUAUUUGUAUGUAAGUUAUGAGUCGACAUAUCAAAGAUCAUAUUUUCUAGAAUAUAAGCAAUAAAAAGUAGAAUCUU